CUUGCAGGUGCGGUUAGUCUUGUUUUGACGGUGGCGAAGAAAGUUAAAACUCCGUGGAUAUCCGUUGAAAUCAGUUUAUAUGAUAAAAAAACGUGUCUGCAAUUAAUUAAAAUUGUUAGUGUGAAAAUCAAUUUACAUACCGCAACAAUUGAGUGAUAUUUUUGUAUUGAAUUAAUCCAAAUACGUAUAUCUACGUUACUCAAAAAUACCGUGCAUUGUAUUGAAUUAAUCCAAAUACGUAUAUCUACGUUACUCAAAAAUACAGUGUUUUGUAUUGAAUUAAUCCAUAUACGUAUAUCUACGUUACUCAAAAAUACAGUGUUAUAAAACUAAAUUUUUAUAUUUCUACGUAUUUGGAAAUUGUGUGGUCAUGAAAGAAUCAAUGACAUUUAUAACUUCACCUUCAGCCACCAGUGAACAAAAGCAAAAAAUGUCGAAUAUAAAACCUAAUCGGUCACGUUUUAUGAUUAACGAUAUUCUAGCUGGAAGUGCCGCCGCCGCCGCAGCAGUAGAAGCGGCUAAUGCAGCUGGCGUGGCAGCGGCUGCUGUAUUUUACAAGCAUCAACAUCAUCAACAACAACAACAAAAUAUGAAUAAUAACAAUCACAGUGGGAACAACACAUCUCAAACUUCGUUUAUUCAAUGCUCCCAACCACCAUUUGAAUCUUCAACACCUGUACAACAGUCUGAUUCAUCACCAAUUCCAUUAACCAUGCACCAUCACUCUGCUCAUCUUCAACCGUCGCAAAUACAUCAUUCGAGGGGUCCAUCACAUACUCUAAUUCCACAACAUACACAAACACCCGUUAGCGCGGUUGCACAGAAAAUUCAUUUUCCCGUCGGCGCAACACAAAUUGGUUCAAACGGUAUAAAUGUAGUGCAAUAUGCGGCAGCAAUGCAACAGCAUUACGCGAAUGCAACUUCAGUCGCUCGCGACUUUGAUAACAAUAGUGAUUAUCAGGACAACGAAGAUUGUGACAGUGAAGUUGGGAGCGGCGGCCACUUGGACGAUAACAGUGUUUGUAGUAAUGGUGCUAAAGAUGAGGACGGUAAUAGCAUUAAAAGUGGUUCCACAAAUGACACACAUGGUUUGAGUAAAAAACAACGUAAAGCGCGCACCGCUUUUACAGAUCAUCAAUUGCAAACUCUAGAAAAAUCUUUUGAAAGACAAAAGUAUUUAAGUGUUCAAGAAAGACAAGAGCUUGCCCAUAAGCUGGACUUAAGCGACUGCCAAGUUAAAACCUGGUACCAAAACCGUCGAACCAAAUGGAAACGGCAAACUGCAGUGGGAUUGGAAUUACUAGCAGAGGCAGGGAACUUUGCAGCAUUUCAACGACUUUAUGGUGGAACACCCUAUUUGGGAGCAUGGCCAUAUCCUGGUUCACAGUCACCUCAUGCUGUCCCUGCUCCUUCGAGCAUUGAUUUGUAUUACCGUCAAGCAGCGGCAGCUGCCGCAAUGCAAAAGCCGCUUCCUUAUAAUUUAUACGCAGGUGUUCAUAAUGUAGGACCGCUUGCAAGCUUGCCAGUUUCUGCCACGUCACCUUUCUCUCACCUCUCAGCUUCCAGCUCGCUAUCUUCUUUAAGCAGCUAUUACCAAAACGCUUCGGCGGCAGCAGUAGCCGCAGCAACUGGUGCGACAUCGACUAGUAACCCAAUAGCUGUUGUCAAGCCGAUCGCUUCACCUCCAUUACCAUCUAUUGCAUCGACAGUAGGCCCACCGUCUCAAAUAAAUGCUGUAACAGAUCAGCGGUACUCACCAUGUUCACCUAUUCAACAGUCGCCUACAAGACAUAUCGUAUUAUCGCGUUCCCCCAGUCCUACUCUUAACCCAGGAAGCCCUCCAGGCAGAUCACGUGAAAGCUCCCAGCUCCAGUCUGACGAUGAUGAUCAAAUUCAUGUUUGAGUUUGAAGAUAACUUCGAAAAUAAAUUGGCCAAACGUACAUGCACAUUCAAAAUAUAACGUACGUACAUAAUAUAUUUUGUAAAGUAUGCAAAUGUAUUACAAUUAAGUUAAUAGAAUUAAUUUAUGUUGAUCCCUAUAUGCUUAUUCAUAAUAGAUAACUGCUAAUAAUAGUUGUGAUUGGGGGAUCGGUUCUCAUGUGCCGAUGAUUAUACACUCCAUAAACCUUUUACAUAUGAUUAUUAGUGUUUAAUUUAUGGGAAUUAUGAGAACUGUAAAGAAGGUUAUGCAUUAAGCAAAUACCGAUUAUUUAUUUAAUACACAUAGCGCGUUUAAUUAAUUAUUUAAGUCUUAUAUAAGAUAUAUGUAAAUUUUUAAAGUUAAUAAAAUCUAUGUAUGCAAUUUGAUUAAGUGUUGUGUGAAUUUUUAAACGUACCUAUUACAUUGAAUAAUAAAUGAUAUAUAAUUAAAACGAAAGGGAUAUAUCAUUUACUGUUGAAUUUUAUGGUUUUCCAAGUAACUCGAGGAGAAAAGUAAGUUUGAUUAAUUGAUCCAAAAGUUAUUAUUAUUUAAAGAAUAUUUCAAUAUCUAUUGCAGUGGAUUUGUCUUAAACCAACCAAUGCCCUUUC